UUAUCCAAUAGGUUACAAUUCGAUUCUUUGUAAAACCCGAUAUUACCUUUUAACAGCGUGUCAAUUGAUUAGUCGAGGUUGUGUUGUCAUGGCAUGUCUUGAUCGAUUUCUUUUAUGUUCGCCAAAUGUUCGAUAUCGAUCGUUUUGUCAAAGGAAAAUUGCACUGAAAGUGAUUUUUCUUAUUAUAUUGAUAUGUCUUUGUUUGUCAAUCUAUACUCUUAUUGUUUAUGAACCUAAUUCAGCAUUUAAUUGUACGUUGAACUCUGCGAUUGGAAGAAUUAUUGAUACAACGGUUUUGUUUGUGUUUAAUUUUGGAAUUCCAGCGUUAUCGAUGAGUUCGCUUAGCGGGUUGAUUAUAUGGAGAUUAAAACAAAAUUCUCAACGAUUUGCUCAACAAAGAGUUCAUGUGCGCAAACGAGAUGUCCAGCUCUCUGCAAUGCUGAUUGGACAAGUGGUUUUGUACAUUGUCACCGCACUGCCAUUUGUAUGUAAUUUUGUUUAUUUAUCAAUAACACAAUAUGAUCCGCCAUCGAUGAGAACACCUUAUCGAAAUGCUGCGGAAGGUUUAGCUAUAGUGGCAACCGGUGCGUUCGGAACUUAUGUCUUCAAUGCUAUGACUUUUUAUAUUUAUACGUUAACAGCACCGAGUUUUCGUCGUGAAUUGUUUGCAUUAAUUAUUCCGAGACAACGGAUGAAUCAAGUUCCACGAACCAAUCCACAACAUCUCUCUCGAUCAAAUCGAAUCAAUCCUUCACACUCUCACCCGUGA